AUGUCCACCUCGGCCCCGGAAGACGAUGCCGCCGACGCGGCCGCGACCGCCGCUGCGGAAGCGCAAGCGCAGGCUCUCGCCGCACUGGCACGCACAAGCGCGUUGGCUGCCGCUGCCCCCUCGAUACCGCACGAGAGCGCCGAUAGCACAUGGAUGGAGCUUUGGGGUCAGCGUGUGGGAGACGGCAUGCGCUUCGCUGCGCCAGUGCAGUGCGUUUGUGUCCAGUGCCGCUCGCCCUCGGCCCAGCACGACUGCGACUUCGACCACCAUGCUGCCGAAGUUGUCCGCACCGAGCUCAGCACGGAGAACAAGUGCACGAGCAAUCCCCUCACUUACGACCCGGACCUGCCGACCCUCAGCACUGGAGGCCGAUACUUCGCUUUCCGUCGGGGCGCCUGUGUUGAGUGCAUUCGGGUCGGAAGGGGAGCGCAAUGCUCUGCCUCGACUGUCAAUAGCGGCCAGGUCUGGGUGUUCGAUACCCUUACCGCACGAUGGGAGACGCACCUCGUUCACGGGCUGUGGUACUCGCGCAAAGCCGGUGUGCGGGGCAGGCGGGCUCGCAGACCCUUAUCCUUCUGUUGUGUGUUAACUGUUCUUGGUCGCCUAGCUCACAACCAGGAACAUGCCCAGAUGCAGGAUCGAGAGGAAGCCAGUAAGCUACACUUGCUCGUCCCAGCUAACCACACCAGGUGUACAAGACGACGAGUUUGUUGA